AUUUUGCUCUAUACUUGGCAGGUGAUCUCAUGGUGUAUUAUAGGCGGUGGCUUUCCUGCCCUUCGAACAUGGUGUGGCGUCUACCUCAUGGAGCACGAAGGCAUGCACACCCUUCGACUAGCUGGAGCAGCAACGCAGUUGGGUGCGCUAGUCGGCGCCAUUGCUGUAUACCUUGCUGUCAUUCAGUUCUCACUUUUCAAAGCUCGAAUGCCUUGCACCUAA